UCUAUUAGUCAGUCAUCCCAUCCACCCGUUGAUUGUCGUUUCUUACCAGUAAUAGACACGAAAAGCUGGAGUAACUCAGCGGGUCAGGCAGCAUCUCUGGAGAAAAGGAAUAGGUGACGUUUCGGGUCGAGACCCUUCUUCAGACAAUAUCGUGUCCUGGUAAAUCCGCCUGACAGAGCGAGGGUGUGGGGGGGGAGAGAGAGAAAAAAAGCGUGAGGAGGGGAGGGGGGACGGACCGUGGAGGCCAUGAAGUUGCAGGCGGUGAUGGAAAACCUGCAGAGGCAGCAGCGUGCGCGGCUUGAGCUCGAGGCCCGGCAGCAUCAGCUGGCGCGGGAGCAUCGCCAGCAGCCGCCGCCGCCGCGCGCGCGGGCCCGGAUCCAGGCCGGGCCGCAGCAGCAGCAGCAGCAGCAGAUUCAAAUGGAGCAGCGCGAGUCCCGGGGACCAACGGCCGAGGGUUCCAGGGACAAGCACCUGGCAAACGCGCAGCAGCGGCAGAUCGCUGCCCAGCAAGCCGCGGCGCUGGCCGCCAUGAGAGCUGCAGCAGCGGCAGCCGCCUGCGGCACCACUGACGACUCGGCCCAGCGCGGCGGCGCCCAAGAGGAAAUGGACACGGAGCGAGGCGACAGCCCGAGGCUUUCCGAGAGCAGCGAGGCCUUGUCUGGAGGAGAAGAGAUGGAAGGGGCGACGGAGCAGCGUUAUCCCGACCCUCUAGAGUCUGAGGAAGAAAUGGCUGCCGAGGAAGAGGAGGAGGAGGAGGAGGAAGGGAGAGAGGAGGAGGAAUUCGAGGAUGAGAUAGCCGAGGAAGGGGGAAUCGGAGUGAAAGAGGAGCCGGGGACGCACCACUGCAGUGAAGUCCUUCGGCAGCCGGGGCAGCGGCGCCCGGGAGCCGGGCUGCCUUACCCCUCACACCCGCAAAUGCAGCAAGUCCAGGAUCAGGCCGACUGGACGUACGAGGAGCAGUUUAAACAGCUUUAUGAACUGAACAGUGACCCAAGAAGGAAAGAAUUUUUGGAUGAUCUUUUCAGUUUCAUGCAGAAGAGAGGGACUCCAGUCAAUCGGAUUCCUAUAAUGGCCAAGCAGGUUCUGGAUCUUUAUAUGCUCUACGUAUUGGUCACUGAGAAAGGGGGCCUAGUGGAAGUCAUUAAUAAGAAGCUUUGGAGGGAAAUUACCAAAGGCCUGAACUUACCCACUUCUAUCACAAGUGCUGCUUUUACGCUCAGAACUCAAUAUAUGAAAUACCUCUAUCCAUAUGAAUGUGAGAAGAGAGGUCUGAGCUCUCCUAAUGAAUUGCAGAUUGCUAUUGAUAGUAAUCGGCGGGAAGGUCGAAGACAUAGCUUUGGAUCAAGUCUUUAUAACUACUCUCCUGGUGGACCAGCUUCAGUGUUAUCCUCUCCCAAAAUGCAAGUGCCUAUGCCAGGUCCAGCAACAACUAAUGGCAGCCCCAUAAGCCAGCUGGUGAAAAUAAAGAAAGAGGAAGAUUCAGUUAUUCCACUGACGCUGGGGGCUAGACUUCCAAUUUCACUAACUGGUCACCAGGUAGCUGCAGCUCAGGCUGCAGUUGCUGCACAAGCUGUAGCAUUAGACCAGUUGAGAGAAAAGCUUGAGUCCGGAGAACCUCCAGAGAAGAAGUUGGUAGUUGGGAUGGAAGAACAGCAGCGACUGAUGCAGCGGGUUAUUCAACAGAAUCUACUGGCUAUGACAGCCCAAAUACCAAUGAAUAUCAGAAUCAACAGCCAAGCAGAACGCCAAGAAUCAGCAUUGAACCUUGCCACUAGUGGUAUGAACAGUAUCAGUAUGUCAGUGGAGAUCAAUGGAGUUGUCUACACAGGUGUCCUGUUUGGUCAAGGACCUGGAGUAUCUGGUGCAUCCGGCACUAAGGGAAAUAGCAACAAAAGUAACAGUUCGCAAAGCAUACCUGGUCUCCCUGUAACUCGUACACCUCCAUCCUCGUCAUCACAUGCUUCAAAAAACUCUUCACCAUGAGACUGCAUCUAUAAUAAUGCCAACAUGAGCACAGUGCAUCACCGCCAAACACUUUAAAAGGAUUUCUCAGGCUUUUAACUCUCAAGGAAAAUUAAGUUUUAUUCGUCAGAGGUUUAAUUAGAGUGGCUAAAACAGGGAUCCCACAGUUGAGUAUAUUCAUCUGUGUUAUAAAACUUUCUAUGGUUACCUCAUGGGAUCCUGGAGCAGCUAUGUACUACUAAUACCUCAAGCAUCUACUUAAUCAAGAAGGCUGAUUUAUUAUUGGUUACAUUUUUUUUUCUUUCAGCCAUGUUCAGCUUUUAAAGAAUAUAUAUGUAUUUCCAUGAUGUGCUAUUUUAAUUGAGAUUUAUAAGUGAAUAUUGAUAUUUUUUGAAGGAAAGGAAUAUUUCGGCUACAUCUAUGAUAUUGCUUAUUUACUAUAUUCAGUUACUGCCGAUCAAGAAAAGGAUAAGCUAUUUCAAUGUUUAUCCACUUAUGUAUAUCAUUCUUAUACUUGUAGCAAUAUACAGACUUUUACAGCAGUUCAGCAUAUUUAUUAUAAACAUUACUUAAUAUAUUUUUGAGUUUCACAACAGGACCCUAAUACAGUGGAGUUUCUUCAGAUCAUAAAGCAGCAAACCAUUCUAAUCAGUCAGUUUUUAAUGCAUUUCAGGGGAAAGAAAAUGGUAAAUUUUAACCGUGGUGCUCAUCAUGGCUCUUUUAAUUCUGAUCGUAUAUGUGCAUAUAGAUCUUCAUUUUUCAUUUAAUUGGUUCAUGUUUAGCACUACUGCAGCGAUGUUGGGACUACAAUUUGUUUCAUCAUUUGUUAAGAACUUGCGUGCUACCCAUUAAAUUUCCAAGAAAUUACAAUGAACAACAUUCCCUUUUGACUAUAGUUUCCAGAAAUAUUUAUAUGCCAUUUUUCUUGCAAUACCAUUUUUUAGGCAACUAAUCUGAAAUUCUGCUAACCACUUGCCCUGAGGUCUCGCUGUUACAAUCACAGGGGAAACGUACUGAGCCAACUGUCCUCCCCUAAAUAUGUGGCUUUAUUUUAUAAAUGCAAUGUAGUAAACUAUCCGUAAACUUUUAACCUACAGUUUGCAUAUCAUAUUAUGGUGGCACACCUCGGUCAAAAUAUUAAUGGUAACAAACAUUUAGAUGUGUACAAAGACUUGCAAUCAUAAAAUAUUUAUUCCUUUUAUCUGUUUUUGAAUUGAGAUUGAAUUUGCUUGGCAUUGGUCUUCAGCAAACUCCACUGCAUUUACUGUAAUAUUUAAUGUGGCAUUUGAAGUCAAAUAUUUUUUUAGAAUUGGCUUUGUGGUGUUCAACUUGUGAAAAUAUACUAUUUUGGAAUGUACAUCACCUUUAAAGCAGAUGUGAUAUAGAAAAAUGUUCUGCUUAAUAGAUAAUCACAAUCCAAGGAUAGAUAUUUUUGCAGUGAUUGUGAAAGCCAACCUUAUGCAAGUGCUAUAUAUUCCACGAGAAGAUGCAAUUAGUAAGUUGCUUUGUAUUUAUACAUUUUCAACUGAAUACUUCCACUCUCUUAAAGUAAUAGUUUGCUAAAUAACAAUUUUUUCUUGUUCUGUUUUACAUUUACACUACUGUUAUUCAUAUAAUUUGUCAAACAUGAUGUUGCACUAACUGCAUCAUGUCUUAUGUGUGUUGAAGAUGACUUAUCAGCGUGCUGAAAUGUUCCUCAAUCGCACUGGGAUGAUUGAAAGGCAAAGAUUGUUAAAGACUAUAUAUUUACUUCUGUUACAGGUUAUUUAGUUUUACUGGCUUUAAGUGAUCAGGGUUGAUGGUGAGAUGCUUGCGAUCUGGAACCUUUGGAAGCUAGUAUCAACUUCUUAAAUAGAAAAUAAAGCAAAUAGAUGUGACGUGUUAUAAAGCAGUUAAAAGCACUAUCUGCAGCCUGUCCUACAAAAAAUGCGCUUUAUGGUCAUGGUUUUUUACAGUUUACAGAGCAUUGUUCUAUUGCUCUGUUCUACCUCUGCCUAAUAGGUUGAAUAUAAUUGAAAAUGUAAUGCAGAUCAAGCUUUUAUUAUCAUUGGUAAAGGUUGUAUGGCCUUCAAGUACAUCAAGUUAAUUUUACUUGAACCUCACUUAGCAUUCAGAAUGCAUUUAAGAUGCAUGCCAGAAAUGGGAGUGCUGAGUGAAUCAGUUCGAAAAGAGGGUCAUUAUAUCUGGCACUGGCAUUGGUCGAGCACCAAUGCGCUCUCAUUGACUAAGGAAACAUGAACAACCUGGCUGUGUUCAGGACGUUGUCAGGACGCAUUUGAUGAACUUGUACAUUUUGAUCUUUUUUCGGUUUCAAUAUUUGUAAAAGUUUUUCAUGAGCCAUGAGCGCUAUAGUCGAUCCACAUUCUGCAAGGUAGCGCUGAGUGGGGCACCAGUGUAUUGUUUUUAACUUUAUUUCCAGUAGAUUUAGUAUUAAGUUGUUUUUAUGUCCCUGGAUAAUAUAGACAUAUUUAGACAACUUGUGAGUAAGAUUUUUCAUGUUUUAACCCAUUUACUGCCAUGUAUUCACCCUAUUUCAGAAUUUGUGUAUUCUUGCUAGGAUGUGGUUUGAUUGGAAAUCAUCAUCUUGGGCAAUUGUAUGCAGCAAGCAUUGAUAGGCUACUGAACUGUGGGUGGCAUGAUUGACACGCCCAACUUGUCCUUAUGCAGUCCAGCUUGCAGACAGGGUAGGAAAUGCAGUUUCGUUGUUAAUAAUGCUUAUGUUAGUUAACCCUAAAUAUUGUGGCUUGAACCCGGUUGUGGUGCCCCUUCAGUUCCAACUCUAAUUGGUCGGGUUGUUCUAGUAUUUCAUUGGGUUUUGAGUUGUAAACAAAAGACUAAUGCUUAAACAUUUCACCAGGCAGAGACAUUUUCAGUUGAAAGACGUUGCAUUUGCAGAGAUUUUUCAUAUUUUUGACACAAAGCACUUCAUUGUCAAUAAUUUAUUUCUGAAAAUUGUUCACUUACCUGCAGUCAAACAUUAACAACUAAAUUAUGCAUAUUACAUUCCCUCAAAUGAUAAAUGAGAUGAAUAGUUGAUGAUCUCUUUGGUAUUUAAGUAAGAGUUUUACCCUGUUGGAUGCUAUGGGAAACUUUUUACUUGACGACUGAACAGAAUAUCAACUUAAUAUAUCACUGAUAAACAUAAUCUUCAUCACUCUUUCAGAACCUAUGCUGAUAUGGUAGUUAAAUUACACUCUGAAGUUCCAAAAUGUUAAAUCUAAUUUUUCAAAAGCCACUAUUUGUAAGAAACAUGUUUAGCUGCGCAAUGCCAAAUGUUUAUUAUUUAAGAGCUGAAUAUUGGUCAUAAUGAUGCUUCAGAUUAACGAUAUUCUUAAAGCAUAAUCUAAAUAUUUUAUUGCACAUUCUUUCCAUCAUUCAGUAUGAACACAUUCAAAGCUGAUUGCGUAGUGCAUACGAGUUUUGGAUGGUAUUACUUUUUGUGGCAUUUUCUCCAGUUAAUGCAAUUUAAUAAUGUAGCUGAAUGUAUUUAUAGUGCUGUUAAUUGAGAGAUAUAGCUUCCUAAAUUAUCUUUUUACUCUGGCACUAAAAUUAAAUACAGAUAACUACCUCAUCUUUCUAAUAUUAUCAGUUUUAAUUUGAAAGCAGCAUAAAUUCGCUGAGUGCAUUACGGCUUGCUAAGAAGAAAGAGCCUGAGGGCAGUUGUUUUAUCACAGUGGAGCUGUUUGAGAUUUUUUGGUGUUUGGGGAGAGAAAUGGUUGGAAGGUUGCAAUGAUGUUGGUGCUUUGUCUGCCCCUGGAUUAUUGACCUUUUAUAUUGUAACAAGAUAACAGUAGAGAAUAAUCUAUUAAAUUUGCAAUUUCCUGUUCCUCCAUAAUAAUGCUUUGCUACUGUCUAAUUGCUGUGAUAAAAUGAUAAUUUAUGUUCAGAGAUAAUAGCACAGGGAGGUUAUAUUGGCUUUAAAAAAAGAGUCGAUAUGUUGUUGUAGUUGACCGAGUGACCUUAUCCUUUUGGGAUAUGAGAUGGAUCCUCAGUUGUUGCUAGCAAACGUGAUUCUUCAAAUCUUUUUUAUGGUGUCAUGCUGUGCCAGAUUGAUUUUUUUUUUUUUAGUGUGAUCCAGUGCAUGUACAGCACAUCAGAAAUAAUAAAUUAGUAAUCUGAAUUUUCUUUUGGUCUUUGUUUAGUUGAUAUAUGUAUUGAAUUACACUUUUGACAUUUUGACAUGGUUCUGCUCUGGGGUUUAAAAGGUUUAUAUUGCUUUACCAUUCCAGGGAGUGGAAAUAGUUUACCUGCAUAAUCUACUUCCUAGUUGUCAACUUUCAGAUAUUUUCCCCAACUUUUAUUUUGUUAAUUGAUUUUUUUCUGGCGUGUGUGGGGUUCUUUCGUACUUUUAAUUUAAAUAAUCUGCAUUCAACUUCAUAUCUUGGGGAAGAUUUUUUUAAUUUCCCGAUACGUUAGUGAUAUUGUAAAUGUGGUGAGGGUGGGGAGGGAACAUAGCUGUAGCUAAUGAAGUUGCUCAGAUUUCAUUUCAUUUUGCAAUAGAGAAUAGUAAAGUUGUUUAUCAUAUUACUUCUUGGAAGCAUUUUUCCUUGCUAUCAAAAACUCUUGCUUGUUUACUAAAUAACCAUAUCUUAGAGUGCAAGAAAUAAAGGGUCUCAGUGCCUUACACAAAAUAUACCUCCACCCUUUCUACAUGAGCAUUGUGAUUUAAAUACUGAGUUGCUGAUAAACUAACUUUAGAUUCUGAAUUAGCCUGAAUUAGAAUUUAGAUUCUGAAAGAUUAAGAAUUAGCCUGGAAAGCAUAAUUAUGGUUAAUAGUUGUCAGUCGAAUUAGUCCCAAACCAAUAUUUGCUACCUUGAUGAGCUUUAAACAUCAAUGUAGAUUAAAUUGUGAACUGUAUUGUACUAUUAAAAAAAUUGUCCUUUUUCUGAUAAGGAAAGAAAAGUCACAGAUGUUGCAAAUUGGGUAAAAUGAUCAACAAUAAAAUGGAAAAGCUUAGGUACCAAAAGGUCAUCAUGAGGAAUUUAUUUCUUAAAAUCCAUGUUGCCAAAGUGAUAAAUCGAUUUAAGUGAGUUAGUAAAAAUAUUGUAGCCAUCAAAGUUUGAUCAUUUCAAUAAUCAUUCAAUAUGAAAACUUUUUUCUGUUUGGAUAUCCUUAAAGUUUCAUGGCUUUUUCAUUUCUUUUGUUAUAUCACUUUGUUCUAACUCGUGAAAAGCUUGAUCAUUUCAAUAAUCAUUCAAUAUCAAAAAAUUUUUUUAUGAUUGGAUACCCUUAAAAGCUUUAUGGCUUUAUCAUUUUGCUUUUGCUAUAUCACUUUGUUCUAUCUCACCCCGCGUUAUGCAGUCCCAGCAUGAAAUUUAUAAUCCAAUCCCACAUUCAAGAGUGUAACUAUAUCACAAAUUCCUGAUGAGGAGAUGCACUGUUGUAUUAAGCCAUAUACAUGAUAAUAUAAAUCUUGUGACUUUAGAAAUGGAAGUGUUGCCUGCAUACAUAUUCCUAGUUGUAUCUAAAAUCAUUAGUAUGAAUGGGAUAAGAAAAUUUCAACCUCCAAGGAGUUCUGGGAAUUUGAAUGAGUAACAUAAAUGGUUCAGACAGAAAACUUUCAGUAAUUAUUACUUCAGAAUUUUAGAGUCAUUGUUAGAAAUAGCUUUGGUUUGCUCUCUGAUUUCCUCUGAGGAACUAAUCUGGUAAUUAAGACAGCAUUCAACUAUUGCACUAACCCAUAAAGAUCAGUGUCCAUACUGCGAAAAAUUGACUAAUCUCAGUUGGCGGAGUGGAGUCGCCCUGUUUGCUGUGAGCUUUUGACCACUAAGUUCUGCAUAUGGUGAUUUGACGUGAAAUUCACAAAUUACAUGAAAUAUAGCUCCCCAAAGUUAAAGUAACAAUAUCACCAUGAAAGAAUUUGGCAGAAAAAUAAUGCAGAAGAAAGUCAUACUGUUAACUGUACAUUUCUAUUUGUAGUUGAUCCCUUUGGUCUUUAAAACUAAUUGCCCAGUUAUGCGACGCUGAUGUAUACCCUGUGAUUCGAGGGAGCUCUUUAAUAAUGUACUGUUGUUGAACUAUACCCAAAUAUAUUGCUAACCCAUGGAUUAAAUGUUUUGAAAAUUAUGAACUUGGAAAAGCCCAUAGCAAAUUUUCAAAACUAGAGUGCAAGUAAAUUAUACAUUUUAACAAAUGUGCUCAGGGUUCGGGUGUGUGUUUAGUAUGGACAAGGGCUUACUGACCAUUUGUCAUUGUACAAUUGAUGCAAGUCGCUGGAUAUCUCUAUCUCCAUGCUGUGGCAAAACAGGAAUGGCAGGUUUAUUGAUAUUGUUGUAUUUAAGUGACCUUAAAAUUUCAGUGCAUUUGGGAUUCUGAAUUUUAAAUAUUAUUAUUAUUAUUAGCUCCAAUGCCUGGAAAUUUAAUUGAAGAAUUCAAGAUGGAGACAUUAGAAUAUCAAAAUUCCUUUUAUAAUUAGCAAAACAUAUUCCAGGAAUAACUUAUUAUUAAAUGGACACAAUUUGAAAAAAGUAAUAACAUGACUGUUUUGGAAUCCACAACUAUAAACAGUAUCAGCCUUGCAGAUUGAAAUUCCAUGUUGAAUUUUCUUCCAUUUAACCGUUGCACUGUAAUCGUUAAAUUAAAUUGUUUCUGAAUGCAAACCACUGCAAUCCUAAUCUGGCUAUAGAAGGUGUUCUGGAUGACUAUUUUGGCUUUUAAAGGAACAUUGGUUUUGAAAGCUUAUACAGAGAUUUGCACUUCCAGUCUUUUGUUGGUAUUCAAUAGUGAUUUGUGCUUUGACAGUUACAUUUGUGUACUUAUAAUUGGUAAUAUCUAGUCAGGUGGUCCAUCAAGAUUCAAAAGACAGAUUGGAAUUCAGCUUCUUAAUUUGCUUAGUUUAGUAGGAUGGUUUAUAUUGUAUAAUUGUGCAGAAACCUGAACCAGACAUCAGUAACAUGAAGUGUUUGCCUUGGGGCUAAUUGUGGUCUGAAUCUUACAAA